UCGAGUCGGACUGACACCACAACUAAGACCAAAAUGGCAAUGGAUAAUUUUAUAUUUGCGCAAUGCAUCCUUUAUUUUUUAGCCUUCAUAUUUGGCUUUAUAGCGGUUGUACCUCUUUCGGAAAACACGGAUGAUUUCCGGGGGAAAUGUCUGCUUUUUACGCGGGGUAUGUGGCAGAAUGAGAACAUCACGGUGUCUAAGCAGCGCUUCAUCAUUGAGGAAUGGGGACCACAGUCAUCCUGCAGCUUCAUCACGGCCGUCGGGAUCGCUUCUCUCAUCCUGUCCGCCGUACAAGCCUGGAGACUGCUGCUCUUCAUCUGCAAAGGCCACGACGACUCUAUCUUCAAUGCCUUCCUGAACCUGCUCAUCAGCACAUUUGUAGUGUUUGCUGUGUUCCUGUCCAGCACAAUAGUCAGUGUGGGCUUUAAUCUAUGGUGUGAUGCCAUCACAGAAGGAGGCAGUAUGCCCAGCAGCUGUGAGGAUCUACAAGACACUGAUCUUGAACUGGGGUUGGACAACUCUGCUUUUUAUGACCAGUUUUCCAUAGCACAGUUUGGGUUGUGGGCAGCCUGGCUGAGUUGGCUAGGUAUCACCAUCAUGGCCUUUCUGAAGGUCUACAAUAAUUACCGUCAAGAAGAUCUGGUUGACAGCUUGAUCCACGAGAAAGAGUUCCUACUUGGACGCUCCUCACGCCGAUGCUCUGAUUUGGUAGACGAGAAGAGUGGCAUGAUAUGAUCAACUCAACACACGUUACAACAUAGAACCUAGUUAUAGUGUUACAGAAUGCUGAUUCUAGAACAUUCUGAUUGAGUUGUUGCAGUUGAUAUGAAUUGAAUCUACAUGCACUGUCAGGUAAAAUGUUAUUCGUAAGCUUGACUUGUCUCUGUACUUAUACAUCUGAGUGACAUCAAUAGUUGAGAUCAACUUCAACCGGAUGAGCCUGAAUAAAAUUUUACUUAACAUUUUUUGAUGACUUAGAACACAAAGAAUCUUUAUUAAAAAUGCACAUGCAACACAGCACAUUUACAUAAAUCGUUCCAUUCAACAAUAUUUUGUUGAACUUGAAUCACAAUGCCCUGAAAAACUAAUGAACUCUGUUGUGUGUUUAUAUAUGUUCGGUAACACUUUACAGUAAGGUUACAUUCAUUAACAUCAGUUAAUGCAUUAGGUAUCAUGAACUAACAAUGAACUAUAUAUAUAUAUAUAUAUUUUUUUUACAGCAUUUAUUAAUUUUUGUUAAUGUUAGUUAACCAUAAAUUAAAAUUUGAUAACACUUUAUUUUACAGCGUCCUUGUUACAAAUAUUUCAUGUAAUGACUAUAAUAAUAACAGUAAAUUAUGCAUAAUUACAAGCAACUAUCCCUAAACCAAACCUAACCAUAAAUCUAUAGUAAGUACAUGUUGUUAAUUAAUAUUACUCAGUACUUACUUGUAACAAGGACAGUAAAAUAAAGUGUAACCUACAAUUGUUCAUAGUUCAUAGUGCAUUAACUAAUGUUACAUACAUACAUUUUUUAAAUCAAACGUUGUAUAUGUUAAAAUUAACUUUAAUCAAGAUUAAUAAAUGCUGUUAAAGUAUUGUUCAUUGUUAGUUCAUGUUAACUAAUGUAACAAAUAAAACCUUGUUUUAAAGUGUUACCAAAUAUUUUAAUGACUUCUGUGUGACAUAUAAUCAAUUCAAUUUUACUGCAAGUUUUGUUACCAAUUAUGCUUUUACAUAACCGAACAAUUCUUUUCUCCUAAAGACUAUUAAACUAGCUCUAGAAAACAGCUUCCAGUCAGUUUUCUGUUCCAUCAGUAACAUACUGUACAAUAGCUGAGGAGUUAGACUUAGUACAUUGUGGAACUCAGGUAAUACCACAGACACUAGUUUUAAAAAGUAUUUCAGUUAGCAUAGUGUUUGUUCCAUGUUUGGUUUUCUUUACUGUCCUUUUCCUUUCUUUCCCUGGUUUGAUAGAUCAUUCCCUUCCAAUACUGCCUCUAUGUUUAAGAAAAAUAUAACCAAGUAUAUGACUGUGGUAGUAUAUUUUCAAAUAAUGCUUGCAUGCACAUGUACAGUAUAUAAAAUGAACAGACAAAAUGGGAACACUAGACUAUAUUAAAAUAUUACAUUAACAAAAUUAAUCAGUCAUUAUACACUCACUGAAAACUUUAUUAGGAACUCUAUGGUCCUCAUAAUGUGCCAGGCGUGGUCUUCUGCUACUGUAGCCCAUCCACCUCAAGGUUCAACAUGCUGUGCAUUCUGAGAUGCUAUUUUGCUCACUACAAUUGUACAGAGUGGUUAUCUGAGUUACCGUAGCCUUUUUUUCAGCUCAAACGCGUCAGGCAAAUCUCUGUAGACUUCUCUCCUCAACAAGAUGUUUCCAUCCACAGAACUGCCACUCACUGGAUGUUUUUUUGUUUUUAGCACCAUUCUGAGUAAACUCUAGAGACUGUUGUGUGUGAAAAUCCCAGGAGAUCAGCAGUUACAAAAAUACUCAAACCAGCCCGUCUGGCACCAACAAUCAUGCCACAGUCGAAAUCACUGAGAUCACAUUUUUCCCCACUCUGAUGGUUGAUAUGAACAUUAACUGAAGCUCCUGACCCGUAUCUGCAUGGUUUUAUGCAUUGCAUUGCUGCCACAUGAUUGGCUGAUUAGAUAAUUACAUGAAUGAGUAGGUGUACAGGUGUUCCUAAUAAAGUGCUCAGGGAGUGUAAUUUGACAUAUUCUCAGACAAAUCAGGGUGAUCUCAUUCACAUGCAUAGGUAUUCUUAAAUAAAGUGUGGUUCUAGUACACAUACAUUAUUUUAGGUUUGGAUAGAGUAAUGCAUAGAAUGUCAACAUAUGAACAGCUUAUGAAAUGUUACAAAUGAUUAUGAAUCCUUUGAGGUUAAUGAAAUAUAGAAUUCACAGAUUUAUAAUAUUGAAUUUCAGUAACACUUUACAUCAAGGUUCCAUUCAUUAACAUUAAUGCAAUGGGUAUCAUAAACUAACAAUGAACAAUAUAUUUAAAAAUGCAAAAGUGCAUUAACUAAUGUUAACAUAUUCAACAUUUGAUUUUAAAAAUGUCUUACUAAUAUAUGUUGAAAUUAACAUGAACCAAUAUUAAUAAAUGCUUUAAAAGUAUUGUUCAUUGUUAGUUCAUGUUAACUAAUGUUGUUAGCUAAUGUUAACAAAUGGAACACUAUUGUAAUGUGAUACCUGUAUUUCUAAUGAAUGAGAUUAUUUAACAAUGUUUAAUUGCAUAACAUUUAUUUAAUGCAGUUAACACAUUUACCUGAUUUUACAUUUGUCAUAAAAAUCAUUGAGAUUAAUUUCAUUUAUAAGUACAUUUUCCAUUAGAAAUGGUCUUUCUUGGAGAAUUACUGAUAAAUGAGAGUCCUGUUGGGAUUGUGUCUGAAUAUUGAGCUCUGUCACCUGCUGUGGUACCCUUGCAAACAUUCUGACAAUUCAAGUUCCGACCAGUCUUCAGAGGAUUUGUAAAGAUUUGUAUGUUUAAUUUGUACAUCUCAUACAUUAAAAUGGUUUACGUUUAGGAUGUAAAUUUACAUACAAAUACUGAGGCCACAUUGGAUGAAAUGUGUGACAUUUGGUGGGCUAAUUCAUUUACUUGUUUUGCUGCAUCAAUGCUGAUUUGACUUGCUUUUCUACGUGGAAACAUCAACAAGGUUUAUGCCAUUCCACUUAGUACUUCACUAGGUUUUGAAGUCAUUUCAUUUUGAUAUGAAGUAUUGUUGAGCAUGCAUGCUGCAAUAAAAAUGUAUGUAUGCCUUUUUGGUAAAAACAUCUUCUGCUAACUAAAGUUUUAAACCUAAUGUAAUAUAUUUCAGUUCAGCCUGUGAGCAGGCGCCAUGAUUCAGUGUAUCUCUGAAACACACCCAUAUGAGUAAACAUUACAUAUAAAUAGUUUUGUGCAUCAUUUCUUUAU